AUGGGAACUGAAUCUGAGGAAGAAAUAUUUGAAGCUGUAAGAGAAGUAGAGGAGGCCGCAAAGGUGCCGCAGAAAAAAGCAAGAAAAAAGCAAAAGGGACAAACUUAUAGAGCUAUCGAGGGACGGUGUAAUAGAGAAGUCCGCAAGUUUUAUAAGAAAGUCUAA